AUGAAGAACCAGAGGGAAGAAAUCGAAGCCAAAAGUGAUAUGGGGAAGGUAGCACCGGCUAGUGUCAGAAAAAAGGAAGAGAAGAAUAUAAAGAAGCCGGAGAAGGUGGUCACACCAUACUCAAGGAUGGACUCUCGGAAAUUGCAGAGCACGAAGUUCACUCCACUGAAUACUAGCAUGACUAAAGUAUUCAUGGAGAUCAGGAGGGACCCGACCUUCAAAUGGCCAAACAAGCUGAAAGGCGACCCUAAGAGACGUGAUCCUCAGAAGUAUUGCGAGUACCAUCAUGACCACGGUCAUCUGACUGAGGAAUGUAUAACCUUGAGGCAGGAGAUUGAAAAUCACAUUAGAAAUAGGAAGUUGGUGAAAUUCCUAGCAGAUGAGAGGAAUCCACGAAGACAUGAACCUCAGUUACUAGAAAGAAACCGAAAAGCUCCCAGAAACCGAGAGGAGAGGCCAAGAGAAGAUCGGUACGUAGAACCGAUGCACAAUCAGCAAGCGGAACCGAGACGGGAUCGGGAAGUCCGUCAGCCUCGCCACCAGGAUGUUGUAAGGGAGAUCCACACCAUUUCGGGAGGACUAGCAGGCGGGGGGAGCUUCUAG